AUGAGGCUGAAAGACUAUUCUAUUCCUCUGCAAUACCGACCAGUAACUAAAGUGAAUGCACCUAUAGGUGAGGGGGUGAAUUUUAGAGUAGAUCACCAUAUUGUGCAAAUGCUGCCAAAUUUUCAUGGAAUGAGUCAUGAAGAACCAUACAAGCAUUUAGAAGAUUUUUCUCAAGUAUAUGAGAUUUCUUAUUAUCCCAAGGUCCCAUUAGAAGUGAUAAAAAUGAGAUUAUUUCCUUUUACUCUUAAAGAUAAAGCAAAAAAGUGGUUUAGAGCCCUAGCCCAAGAUUUAAAUUCAUGGGGUGAAAUGGAGACCACCUUCUUAAAGAAGUUGUAUUAUGUAGGGAGAACUAACGCCGUCAAGAAGGCAAUUAGAGAUUUUAAUCAAGGACCAUGGGAAUCAUUUUAUAAGGCUUGGGAGAGAAUGAAAGAAUAUACUAAACAAUGUCCCCACCAUGGAAUUCAAAAUUGGCAGCUAGUUCAAAUAUUUAUGAAGGAUUAG